AUGUCAAAUCAAAUUGUCAAACGAAAACACAACAUAACCUCAAAAUGUUGCUUUAAAAGUGUUACAAUUAAGUUCUAAAUGUAGUAAUAUUAAGCCAAUGAAUUGAAAGAUGGCUCUUAAAAUGCUUGGAAAUAUGUUAAGAACAACACGUACCACUUCUAGUCUCGUAGUUACGAGGUGGAAGAGCUCUAAUACCGAAAAAAAACUAACAGUUUACGACCCCUACGUAACAAAACCACAGAAAAAUAAAGAGACCUAUUUAGAAGUUAUAAGAAUGUUCGAAGGGCACGAUAUUCGACGACGAGGACAUGUGGAAUUUAUCUAUGCUUCAUUGGCUCGAAUGAAAGAAUUUGGGGUAGAAAAAGACUUGGAAGUGUAUAAAGCUUUAGUGGAUGUACUACCGAAGGGAAAAUUUAUACCAACAAAUAUUUUUCAAGCUGAAUUCUUGCAUUAUCCAAAACAACAACAGUGUGCUGUUGAUUUAUUAGAACAAAUGGAAGAUAAUAAUGUAAUGCCGGAUUCUGAAAUGGAAGAAAUGCUUAUGAAUAUAUUUGGCAGAAGAGGUAUUCCACUACGUAAAUUUUGGAGAAUGAUGUACUGGAUGCCUAAAUUUAAAAACCUCAGCCCAUGGUAUUUACCGGAACAACUACCAAAUGAUACAAUGGAAUUGGCAAUGUUAGCUAUACAGAGAAUAACAUCGGUGGAUCCGGAUACUAAAAUAAGUAUAUGGCAGACAGAAGAGAUAGAAGCAUCUUUAGAUAAGACCUGGAUAGUAAGUGCACAGAGUAGAAUGCAGCAAGUGUUACUCGGGGAACAGCCUCCAGAUGAACCAUUGACCAUCAAAGGUCCAUACUCUGUUUACUUGAGAGAUCAAGUUGUAACUUACUUCACAUUACUUGGUAAGAUAAGACCAGAACACAAAGAUGAUAAAGAUUUAGAUGAUGUGUCAAAUAUUGAAAAGCCUCCUGGUAUACCAGGGUUUAUUGGUAAAACGACUUUACCAGCAGUUAAAUGCACAGUGCAUGAGCAGGAUAAUGGCACUAUUGUUGCUGUUUGUGCUACAGGAACAUCAUCAAGAGAUUCUCUCCUGUCAUGGAUAAGGUUAUUAGAGAAGUAUGGUAACCCAGUGCUAUCAGAUAUACCAGUUAUAUUCACACUAAUAGCCCCACCAGCCGACAUAGCAAUACAAGAGACACAACCAGCUGUAAAGGAUGGUAGAGAAACAACCAAAUCAUAG